UUUAGUUCUGUCACACAUCAACAUGUCUGCAGAAAGUCAACAUGUGUCGGGUUUCAGUAUGAAAUAUGUCAGACGAGCUGAAGACGACCGGAGACGUGAGGUGGAGAUGUUUGACGCUGGAGACCAGACGACUGAUGAAUCACGGAGUGAGAAGAAGCCUCGGGCUGCGAGGAGAAGCUGCUCCACACUGGCUCUGUCUGUGCUGUAUCUUCUCAUCUUGUCCGGGAUCACAACUCGCUAUGUUUUAGUCACUCUGGAAAAAGACGAGCUGCAGAACCGAUACGACGAACUGAAAGACACUUUCAACGCUCUGCGAGCCAACGUCAGUGAGUUAGAGAGCAGCUACCAAACUCUGAGUAAAAGCCACAGCCAGUCACAGAAGCUGGUGAAGAGGCUGAGGGAAACUUCUCCAGAGAGUCUGUGUCCUCGCCGCUGGAUCAGAUCUGGAUGCAGCUGCUACUUUCAGUCCUCUGAGGAGAAAAGUUGGUUCCAGGGUCGAGUCGACUGUCACACGAGAGGAGCUCAACUGGUCGUCAUCAACAGUCCAGAGGAGCAGGAGUUUGUCUCAAAGCUGAGUUUGAACCGAGGGUCCUGGAUCGGCCUGAGAGCUCAGUCCACGCUCUCAGGGGCGACGUGGAAGUGGGUGGACGGAUCCUCGCUGACACAGACCUUCGUGGCGACAGAUGGUUUGAAGGAGCCGAUCAGAUCUUCUGUAGUUUUCUGUGAUCCUCGUGGGACAUGGACACAAAGUGACGAGAACUUCAAAACGACCUGGAUCUGUGAGAAACCCAUUUCCUUCUGUUGCUGACGGACGGUUCUGUGAUGUCGGAACCGACCGGCUGGAGACGAUGAGACACCGGGCUUCUCAUCCUCUUUGCUUUUGUACUGAACUAUUUAUUCUGAGAUAAUCUUGAUUUCAAAGAUCCUCUCGUUCUCUACGAUGAAUACACGGAGACGUGAGCCUGUCGCUGUAUCGUCUGUGUGAUUGUGAAUAAAGUUCUGCA